UUUAUUUUUCCCACUUUCAAAUUGAUAAUACGCCAAAGCCUUCCGCAAGGUUUAUUAUCACAGAUGGUUGUCAAAGGUCAUCAAUACGAAGUACUGAGUCAAUAUCAAUAGAGAAGGAAUAGCGCUGUUCAAAUCCCUUCGGACACAAUAUGUAUUCAACUCUUCGGCAUUGUGCCGAAGAUUAGAAAUAGCAGGGAUUAACAAGCACCGACACAGUCCAACUUCAUCGGUGAUCGUGAAAAAGUUCUCCUCAUUAAUUAAUGCGCUGCAAAAUAAUACAAAGAAACGUGACAACAAAGUGAAGUUAAUGUGAAGCAAAAAUCAUUUCUGAGCAUCUGAAGUUUAUUUUGAAGGACCAGUGAGGAACAAACACUGAUUUUCUCUUCAUCAACUCAAGGAAAUUUACUAAAAUGCCUGGAAAUAUCAGAAGGAUGAUGACAAGAUUUAUAUUUCUGUGUGUGGCAGUGGUCUCCCAAGCUGAUCAGAUUCAUCACCAUAUGACGAAACGAGAAAUCCAGGAUGUCUUCCGAGUCUCCCGUCAUGCAGCAGUUCCUCCUUACGAAGUCGUUCCUGUGCGCCAUAAAUUCAGCAAAAGGAGUGCAGGUGACGAAUAUGAAUUGAACUUGAAGGCAUUCAACAGGACAAUGAGACUUCGUCUCGAACCAAACGAAGGUAUGUUGUACGGAUUCGGCACUCCAGUGUUUACCGUCGUUCCAGACAAGUCCCAACUUCACGGAGUCAAUUACGAAAAAGUGCAUGAUGCUUUUGAAGGUGUCGGCAAAGCCUAUCGUGAUGACAGGACGAGGUCAGCAGUUGUUGUGAAGGAGCGGCCAGAUCAAUCAGUACAAAUAUUUGGACACAUUUUGAAUGACUUUGUUAUCAAACCCUUACCACGAAGGUUCAGGACCCUCGUCAGAAAUAGGACGUACUAUGGCGAUACAGGCGAUCGAUCUGAGCAAACACAUCAUAUCAUUUUCAAACGACUUAAUAUUAUUAAUGAUGAUAUUCCCAAUGAAAUACGAUUAGUGAAAGACACAUACGGUGAUCUAAAUGAAUUGCCCACCAACACAUCAUCAUCCCGAAUGCAUACGCCGGACGUAAUUUAUCCAGAGAUUUUGAUCAUUAUGGAUUACGCUUUAUUCAAAACUCAGGACAAAGAUUUGAAGAAGGCAUUGACAUACCUGUUAGCCUACUGGAACGCUGUUGACCUCUUGUACAAGGAAAUAAGUAACCCGAGAAUUCAAUUGAACAUUGCUGCAUUCAUCAUAUCGACUAAAUACGGUGGAACUCCAUUUUUUGAAAGGAACAGGAAAGACGGAUCAAUGGUAGAUGCUGAUACCGCAAUUGUCCAAAUGAGCGAGCAAUUUUAUCACGAGUCACGGUUUCCAUUCUCGAAUUAUGAUUUAGCGGUGGCAAUGACCCGACUGGACCUGUACACUCUUAAAACGAAUACACCAUACACGGAGAUAUUAGGAUAUGCUCGUGAAAGUGGUGCCUGUUGGGUUGAUGAAAUUAACAGACGAAUGAAUGCAGUCGCUAUCAUUGAGGACAAUGGAGGAUUCAGCGCCAUUCUUAGUACUGCUCACGAAAUUGGACAUUUAUUGGGUGCCCCGCAUGAUGGGAGUGAAACCACGUUUGCCUGCGAAGAUCGAGCAGGAUACCUCAUGAGUCCCAUUCUAAGCCUUCAGGAGAAUAGUUUUCAUUGGUCCGAGUGUAGCAUCAAUAAGAUCCGGGAAUUCGUCAAUUCUAAAUCAGCUGAAUGCCUGUAUAAUGUUCCCAAACCAGGACUUCCUUUGGACAGAGAAUUACCAGGAGAGUUGCUUUCAUUAGAGGAACAAUGCGAAAAAUAUGGAUCAACUUUGUGCAAGGCUGACGCCGAUGUUUGUGCAAGCUUGUACUGCUUCGAUCCGGAGAUUCAAUUUUGCCUGCCAAAAGCACCGGCUGCUGAAGGAUCCACUUGUGGCAAUAACAAGCACUGCAUAGGUGGCCAAUGUAUACUACGAAAGAAAGAAAAUCGUCAAAAAACCUACGAGGCACAUGAGCAAAAUCGUCUCAGAUGAUCCCACUGGUAGAUGAAAUUGUCUGAUGAUUAAUACGCUUCAAUUGGAUUCCAGUCGACGUUCCACGAAGUUUCAUCAGGCUGUCCAGAGAAUCCACAUCUGGUUGAGGCUUCGCUAGAGUUCAACCCCUGUUCAAUCAGGAUUUAGUCACAAUGUAAUCGUUAAUUUAAUCAAGGGACAACGAAUUUUUCUAGUAGUAACUGUCACUAUCACCUUUUAAUUUAAUUCAGAACACAUUGAAACCAUUUUGCAAUCAAAAUGUGAUUGGUAUUGCUGAUGAUCAACAUUGAUAUAUGUGAAACAUACGCAGUAGAUUAAAUCCGAAUUCUGUCCAAUUUCCGUAAUAUCAAAUCUCAUGGUGGAGUCUAGAAGUCAUUGGUUGGCAUUUUUUAGAGAGUUUUCCAGCCAUCAUUAAGUAAUUGAUAUUAAAAAAUAAAAAUCCAAACCCUGUAUUUCAUUCUCAAAGAGUUUAUCAAUUCGUAGAAAUGAGCAGUUGUAACGGAAAAUCGUGGCGAACAGGAGAAUCAA